UCUGAACCUUAUGACCCAUAUAUUCCCAACGCACAACGCGGAGAAACCGGUGCUGCUGGUAACAACAAGACUACUCGAGUGCAACAACAAGUAGAUGAGGUUGUUGGCAUCAUGCAAGAAAACAUUGACAAGGUCAUGCAAAGAGGUGAAAGAUUAGACGAUCUUCGAGGAAAAACUGAGGAUUUACAGGCUACUGCAGGUCACUUUCGUCGUGGAGCUAAUCAAGUGAGAAAGAGAAUGUGGUGGAAGGAUUUAAAGUGGAAGAUUAUUAUUGCUGUCACUAUCUUGGUUAUUCUUGGUAUCAUUAUUGGUAAUAGACAAUCUCCUUGUGAUAAAUAA